CUUCUUCCAGUUUGCGAUACCUGGGAAGACACUGUUUGGGCAUAUUUCAGGGUCAUGGUGGACACUCUUGUUGAGCAGGAAAUACGAGCCUCAGUAAUAACUGCAGAGGAGGUGGAAGAGCUCCCUAGAGAUUAUUUAGAAACAAACUGGACUUCAGAAAAAGUUUUUGAAGAACUUCAGGCAACAGACAAAAAGAGGGUUAUAGAGGAGAAUCAAGAACACUAUCACGUGAUUCAGAAAUUCAUUAUACUGGGAGAUGUAGAUGGUUUGAUGGAAGAAUUCAGCAGGUGGCUUUCCAAAGAGAGAAGUGUGCUCCCAGGGCACCUCCUUCGUUUCAUGACACAUCUUAUUCUGUUUUUCCGCACUUUGGGUCUGCAGACUAAAGAGGAAGUUUCUGUUGAAGUCCUAAAGACCUACAUUCAGCGGAUGAUAUCUGAGAAGCACACAGAUUUAAUAGCAUUUUAUGUUAGCCACUUGCCCCCAGAGCUAGCUGUUGCUCAGUAUGCUUUAUUUCUCGAAGAUGUUACUGAAAGUGAACAACGCCACCACUGCCUUGAAUUAGCAAAAGAUGCAGGCCUGGAUGUGGCAACCAUAACAAAAACUGUUGUUGAGAACAUCCGCAAGAAGGAUGCUGGUGAAUUCAGUCACCAUGACCAUAUGUUAGAUACAGGCACGACGGAGGUGGAUCAGCUGAAAAUAGAUGUAAUUGACUGGCUCGUAUUUGAUCCUGCACAGCGGGCAGAAGCACUUAAGCAAAGCAAUGCAAUCAUGAGGAAGUUCUUGGCAUCCAAGAAACAUGAAGCUGCAAAAGACGUGUUUGUGAAGAUUCCCCAAGACUCUAUAGCAGAAAUAUAUAACCAAUGGGAAGAACAGGGAAUGGAUACUCCACUUCCAGCUGAAGAUGACAAUGCUAUAAGGGAACAUUUAUGUAUUCGGGCAUAUUUGGAAGCCCACGAAACCUUCAAUGAAUGGUUUAAACACAUGAACGCGGCUCCGCAGAAGCCUUCUUUGUUACCGCAAGCAAGUUUCACUGAAAAAGUGGCCCAUGAACAUAAAGAAAAGAAGUACGAGAUGGACUAUGGUAUUUGGAAAGGCCUCUUGGAUGCUCUUACAGCUGAUGUGAAAGAGAAAAUGUACAACGUGUUGCUGUUUGUUGAUGGAGGAUGGAUGGUUGAUGUUAGAGAGGAUGCUGAGGAUGACCCUGAACGAACACAGCAGAUGGUUUUGCUGCGAAAGCUGUGUCUGCCAAUGAUGUGCUUUUUACUGCACACAGUGUUACACAGUACUGGACAGUAUCAGGAGUGCCUACGACUGGCUGACAUGGUCGCUUCUGAGCGACAUAAGCUUUAUACGGUAUUUUCAAAAGAAGAACUCCGAAAGCUUCUACAGAAGCUGAGGGAAUCUUCUCUGAUGCUUCUGGACCAGGAUCUUGAUCCUUUGGGAUAUGAAAUUCAGUCAUAGGAUUUCAUGCAGAUGCUGGCAAAAACUUCUGAACAUGGACAUUCUGGUUAUAAAAAAAGAACAAAA